UUUUGCCACUCGUUUGUUUGCAAAGGUGGCUGAAGAGAUGGCAUCUCAUACCUUUGCAAUCCCAUACCUCGUUAUAGGUCAUUGGGCCGUUUAACCACAAAACUAGCAUAAUCAACAAGUAUCCUUUCUUACUUUAAUAUCUGAGAGAAGAAGAUAUUGAAUUCCAUUGAAACAUUGCGAUGAACUUUCAGGCUAGAGUUAGAGUAAGAGAUCAAAAUACAAAAUAGUGUGUAUCAGUGGAUGCAGCUUUGAGAAGAGGACCAGAGCUCUCACAUCUAAAGGACUGAUAGGAGAGGGGAGUGAAACUCCUCUUUUUGUAUUGUUUUGAUUCUGUUUUGUUUCUCUGAAAUCUAUUUAUAUUUUUGUAAUCUUAGUUAUGAUGUGAACCUGAACCAUUUUAGUAAGAAAUAUAUUAGUCUUUAAUCUCGUAGUAUACAGUAUAUUGUUCAAUCCCGUGAGCCAUGAAUCAUGAUUGUGUGAUUCAAGGUUAGAAAUGAUAUAAAAUCAUGAUUACAAAAUAUAGUUACGUUACUAUUAACGAAUAUACCUGUGUUUUUUUUGGUUUUGCUAAUCUUUAAAAGUGUUGCCGUAGCCAUGGGACCCAGGUUCAACCCAGCAUCGUCAAAUAUUUUGAAUAUUUUUUUAAUUUCUUAGAAAAAGAAAAGAGGGAUCCCUCAAAUUGAAAUUGGACUUUAUUCUGGUUUACUAGGGGUUUAUCAUUUGGGUCUCUUCAUCCUGGUCGGAGUUAGUGUGUCGCAGCUCAAUUACCUGCUCAUCUUCUCGAAGAAUCGAUUGCCUCUAUCAUGUUCUUGAUUUGAGCUUCGGAUAUGAGAAAAUCUAUUAGUGAACUUCUAAUCUUCUUCUUCGCUGUUCGAUAUAGUAAUCAAGGUGAAAUUUUGGGCUGAUUUCAUUUUCUCGAUUUGAAUCAGAUAGCUCUGUUGCUUUAAGGUAACUGCAUUGCUUCGUCAAAUGUAUUCGAUGAUUCUCCGUGGAAGAAGGUUGAUUGAGUUUCAGAAAUGGGGUCAUUUGAGAUUCGCAUCGCCAAAUGUAUCGUCUAGUCUUUCCAACUCCUUCUCCUCUGCUUCUCCUGCUGAUAGUCGAAAAGUCAACAACUUCACCGUCGCUUACCUCGUCGAUUCUUUGGGGUUCACAACCAAACUCGCAGAAUCAAUCUUGAGGAAAGUCACCUCAGAGGCCAAGGGAGACCCAGACUCUGUUCUCAAUCUUCUCAAGAGUCACGGCUUCAGAGAUUCUCACAUCUCAACCAUCAUUUCAAACUAUCCACGACUGCUCCUACUAGAUGCUGAGAAAUCACUUGCUCCCAAUCUCAAGUUUCUCCACUCCAGAGGAGCUCCAACCUCCGAGCUCACCGAGAUUCUCUCGAAAGUUCCCAAAAUCUUGGGGAUGAAAGGGGACAAAGCAGUCGGCAGGUACUACGAUUUCGUCAAAGACAUUAUCGAAGCCGACAAGAGUUCCAACUACGAGAUGUCGUGUCUUUCUGCUCUGCCGGAGGGUUCUAGGCAGGAGAAUAUCAUCAGGAACGUGUUGGUUCUGAGACGGUUGGGCGUACCUCAGAAGCUGCUCUUCUCCUUGCUCAUCUCCUGCUCCCAUAUCGUCAGUGGGAAAGAAAGGUUUGAAGAGUCGCUCAAGAAGGUUGUUGGGAUGGGUUUCGAUCCGAGGACCUCCAAGUUCGUGGAAGCUCUACGCAUUGUUUACCAGAUGAGCGACAAAACUGUAGAAGACAAAGUUAAUCUCUAUAAAAGGCUAGGCUUUGCCGUCGAGGAUGUGUGGGAGAUGUUCAAGAAGUAUCCGUUUUUGCUGGCGAUCUCGGAGAAGAAUAUAUUGAACUCCUUUGAAACGUUUAUGAGGCUAGCGUUCACCAGAGAUGAGUUUGUGAGGAUGGUCAAGCACUGUCCUCAGUGUAUUGGGUUAUCUUCAGAGUUGGUGACGAAGAAGACCGAGUUUCUCGUGAACACCAUGAUAUGGACGGUGGAGGAUGUGGUUUCAAACCCUGCAGUGUUUGGAUACAGCUUGGAGAAGAGGAUUGUCCCGAGGUGUAAUGUGAUCAAAGCUCUCAUGUUCAGAGGAAAUGGUAUCCCUUCAGUUGGGUAUGUUUUGGUAUGUACAGACGAAGUUUUCUUGAACAGGUAUGUGAGGAAGCACGAUGACAAGGAGCUUGUAGCUGAGUUGAUGGAUAUCUUCACCGGACAGGGUGUUUCAUAGAUCGUAAAGCCUGUCUAGGGAAAGGGUGUAGAUCU